AUGCUCAGUGGGCAGGACCCGUUAGAGUGGCGAGUAAGGAAGCGUUGGCUCUUCUCUGGGUCUGCCUUCCCCGGUUCAGGCCCCGGCCCUGGGCUUUUGUGUGAGCGGAGCUGUAGCCGCCGCUGCCUCCUCGCGGGGCCGCCUGACCCCAGAUGCCGUCUGGCCUGUCCGGUUUCCGCCGUUAACCUCGCCGCGCGGCUGGAGGAGGAGCGGGGCGGGGCGGGGCCCGCGGGCCGGCGGCCGGGCGGGCAGGAGGGCCCUGCUGGGGGUGGGGGCGGCACAGGCACCAAGAUGUCCAACCGAGUGGUCUGCCGGGAAGCCAGUCACGCCGGGAGCUGGUACACAGCCUCAGGACCGCAGCUGAAUGCACAGCUAGAAGGUUGGCUCUCACAAGUACAGUCUACAAAAAGACCUGCUAGAGCCAUUAUUGCACCCCAUGCAGGAUAUACGUACUGUGGGUCUUGUGCUGCUCAUGCUUACAAACAAGUGGAUCCAUCUAUUACCCGGAGAAUUUUCAUCCUUGGGCCUUCUCAUCAUGUGCCCCUCUCUCGAUGUGCACUUUCCAGUGUGGAUAUAUAUAGGACACCUCUGUAUGACCUUCGUAUUGACCAAAAGAUUUACGGAGAACUAUGGAAGACAGGAAUGUUUGAACGCAUGUCUCUGCAGACAGAUGAAGAUGAACACAGUAUUGAAAUGCAUUUGCCUUAUACAGCUAAAGCCAUGGAAAGCCAUAAGGAUGAGUUUACCAUUAUUCCUGUACUGGUUGGAGCUCUGAGUGAGUCAAAAGAACAGGAAUUCGGAAAACUCUUCAGUAAAUAUCUAGCGGAUCCUAGUAAUCUCUUUGUGGUUUCUUCUGAUUUCUGCCAUUGGGGUCAAAGGUUCCGUUACAGUUACUAUGAUGAAUCCCAGGGGGAGAUUUAUAGAUCCAUUGAACAUCUAGAUAAAAUGGGUAUGAGUAUUAUAGAACAACUAGACCCUGUAUCUUUUAGCAAUUACUUGAAGAAAUACCAUAAUACUAUAUGUGGAAGACAUCCCAUUGGGGUGUUAUUAAAUGCUAUCACAGAGCUCCAGAAGAAUGGAAUGAAUAUGAGCUUUUCCUUUUUGAAUUAUGCCCAGUCAAGCCAGUGUAGAAACUGGCAAGACAGUUCAGUGAGUUAUGCAGCGGGAGCACUCACGGUCCACUGAAGCUCUGAAUCCUCAGGGAUGCCACCUGCACAUACUCAUUCUCUGUCUGGGGUCCCAGCCUAGCCCUUACCAAGAUACUGGUCCUGGUUUGGGGGGAUUCUGAAACCUCAAACUAAUAGAACUUUCUUCUCUUCUUUUCUAGUAGGUGUAGUCCUUCCUUAAUUUCAACUCAUUAAAAAAUGCUUUAUAGUUUAGGGCAGUGGAAGGAAGGCUGGCAUCAAAAUAUUUUGAUCAAAAAAGAUGGCAAUGUAAAGGCCCAAUUGUGGCAGACAGUGUUUUGAAAGUAACUUGUAAAGCAUUUACCAUAUCCUAAAUUUGCACUCUUUGCAGACUUGUGCACAUAUAUUCCGCUUUCAGAAUAGUUUUGCAAAUUGUACACAAACAAACAAAAAAAGGGUGGAAGCUUUUUAAUAAAGAAAUUGCAUUUAUAAAUGAUCUGUAUUAGAAUAUAAUAAAUCUCCAGUUAUAGUCAAUUACUACCCGUGUUGUACAACAGAUACCUUCUAUUUUAGUUGCUAAUAAAGGGCUACACAACUCAAAA